CCCCUGUCUCCUAUGCCAAUGAUCUCUUUGACCAAUCACAGUCACACCACCUCCUCUCUCUCUUCCUUCCUUCUUCCUCCCAUCUGCUUUAAGCUUCCCCCCGAGCAAAAUUAUAUAUAUAUAUAUAUAUAAUCCUUUGAUUUGAGAAAGAGCCUUUGGUGGUUUUGUUUAAGCUUUUGUUAAUUGGAAAUGGGUGGCUGCUGUUCCACCGCAAAGGUGAGCAACACCUCCAAAUCCUCCGUAAGCAUCGUCAGCCGUAUCCGCAGCUCUGCUGCGGCCUCGAAGCAGGCCUCCGCCACCCCUUCCUUAGAUACACCAAGAAAACAAGAAAGCUCCUCUAAUAAUCAUCAUAAGAUAAAGGAAAGUAACCAGCAAAGGCAUUCUCAACAGAAUGUAAAGAGUAGUUCAAGAAGGCCAAGUGGGGUCAUUCCCUGUGGAAAAAGAACAGAUUUUGGGUAUGAUAAGGAUUUUGAUUCGAGGUAUACGAUUGGGAAAUUGUUGGGGCAUGGCCAAUUUGGUUAUACAUAUGUUGCUAUUGAUAAUUCCAAUGGAGACCGUGUUGCUGUCAAAAAAAUCGAGAAGAAUAAGAUGGUUCUUCCAAUUGCUGUUGAGGAUGUCAAGCGAGAAGUCAAGAUCUUGAAAGCAUUAGCAGGUCAUGAGAAUGUGGUUCAGUUCUGUAAUGCCUUUGAAGAUGAUUCUUAUGUAUAUAUAGUGAUGGAGUUGUGUGAGGGUGGAGAAUUGCUAGACCGUAUAUUGUCAAAAAAGGACAGCCGUUACACAGAGAAAGAUGCUGCAAUUGUUGUAAGACAGAUGCUGAAAGUUGCAGCAGAGUGCCAUUUACAGGGUUUUGUACACCGUGAUAUGAAGCCCGAGAACUUUUUAUUUGAGUCACCGGAAGAGGAUUCACCCCUGAAGGCUACAGACUUUGGUCUUUCAGACUUCAUAAGACCAGGAAAGAAAUUCCAAGACAUUGUUGGGAGUGCAUAUUAUGUUGCUCCAGAGGUAUUGAAGCGUAGGUCUGGCCCAGAAUCAGAUGUUUGGAGCAUUGGUGUUAUUACUUACAUUUUGCUCUGUGGCCGGCGGCCCUUCUGGGACAAAACUGAGGAUGGCAUAUUUAAGGAGGUUCUUAGAAAGAAGCCUGACUUUCAGCGGAAACCAUGGCCUGGAAUUAGCAAUGCUGCUAAAGAUUUUGUGAAGAAGUUACUAGUGAAAGAUCCGCUUGCCAGACUUACUGCAGCCCAGGCCUUAUCACAUCCAUGGGUUCGAGAAGGAGGUGAAGCUUCAGAGAUUCCACUGGACAUUUCUGUUCUAUCCAACAUGCGUCAAUUUGUGAAAUACAGUCGAUUUAAACAGUUUGCACUUCAGGCAUUGGCUAGCACCCUUGAUGAGGAAGAGUUGGCUGAUCUUAGAGACCAGUUUGAUGCAAUUGAUGUGGAUAAAAAUGGUGCCAUUAGUCUUGAAGAAAUGAGGCAGGCCCUGGCAAAGGAUCUUCCUUGGAAACUGAAAGAUUCGCGUGUUCUUGAAAUCCUUCAAGCGAUCGAUAGCAAUACUGAUGGACUCGUAGAUUUCUCAGAGUUUGUUGCAGCUACCCUUCACGUCCAUCAGUUGGAGAUACACAGUUCAGAAAAAUGGCAGCAAAGGUCGCAGGCUGCUUUCGAAAAAUUUGAUGUUGAUAGAAAUGGAUUUAUAACACCAGAAGAACUUAAACUGCACACAGGUCUAAGGGGCUCAAUAGACCCGCUUUUAGAAGAAGCAGAUCUGGACAAAGAUGGGAGGAUUAGCUUACCAGAAUUUCGCAGACUUUUAAGAACUGCAAGUUUGAGUUCACAAGGUGUGAUCAGUCCAUCUGCUAAGCAACGUUCGGGGAAGCUAUAGUUUCGACGUUGUCUUCUCAAAGCUGUGAAUUGUUAGAAGAAUGAGAGUCUCUCAAGAGCUCAUCCAGCAAAAGCUUUCCCUGGAAAGUCACUGUCACAUACCGUUCCUCUUCUGUUGAUAUUGAAUAUUGUUCUGUGGAUCCCUGACCAACCAUGGCUGUUGGGAGUCUGAUUUCCAGCCAUCAUGCGAAUGCUUGCAAUGUCGAGAUUGCUGUACAUAGCCCUCAAGAUCAUUGGCAACAUGAAGAGGAUUUCUCACUGUAAAUUAUGUAUAUGUUGAUGCUGCUGGACAUCUGCUCGCCCUUACGAGAUGUAUGGAUCGAUAUCAGUUGAGGAUGACACGAUAUUGCUGUAUCAUCUCUUGUAUCCCCUCUCCAGUAUGAGUACUGUAUUCACCUCUUAUAUGGUGUUGAGUCAAAAGGAGAGAUCAAAUUGUACGCUAUACUUAAUUAUAUGUAUUUAUCCUUUGUGUUUAUAGCAUUUUACCUCCUCACGGGCAACAAACUCCUCAAAACACACACAA